CCUUAAUUCAGGCUCCAAGAUUAGUUUUUGGUAUGAUGUAUGGACUCCUCUUGGCCAACUCCUGCAGUACAUUGGUCCAACUGGACCUCGAGCUUUGAGGAUCCCCUUGCUAGCAACAGUGGCUGACGCUUGUUCCCUAACAGGCUGGCGACUUCCCUCCCCUCGAUCCCAGGAAGCUCUAACCUUGCAGAUCCAUCUCACAACAAUUCCACUCCCAUCGCUUACUCUUGAUGAUGAUUUCUUUGAAUGGAGAGUUGAAGACUCUUCUGUAACAACGUUCUCUUCUGCGAUCACUUGGCAGGCUCUCCGGCCGCGUGAGGAUGAGAAGCUUUGGGUUGAUUGCGUUUGGUUCAAAGGGGCGGUUCCAAAGCACUCUUUUAACAUGUGGGUAGCAAAUCUUGAUAGACUACCUACCCGGGUCAGAUUAGCGUCAUGGGGUCUGCAAAUUCCCACUACUUGCUGUCUAUGUUCUAGUGAGCCUGAGACCAGAGACCACCUGAUGCUUACUUGCCAAUUUAGCAGGGAGGUUUGGAAGCUAGCACUGGGAAAUUUAAACCCUCCGGUACAGCUCUUCAGGGAUUGGAAUGAGCUUUUGUCUUGGAUCAGAAUGUCAUCGAAACUAAGCCCGUCAAUCCUUAGGAAGUUGGCGACUCAAGCAACUAUCUUUCAUCUCUGGAAACAGAGAAACAACGCUUACCACAACAGCUGUGUGGUUCUUCCUCUUGUGAUCUCGAAAAUGAUUUAUAGGGAUGUGAAGAAUACGAUCUUGGCAAGAAGGAAUAGGAAGCAAUUUCGUACCCUCUUGUCUCUGUGGAUCACUUAAUCUUGUGUAAUGUUACUUUAGUUGCUCUACCUUGUUUUUAUUUGUUUUUGCCGAGGUAGAGUAUUUCUUAGAUUCUACUUUGUAAAAUCUGAACAUCAUUAAUAUGAUAUUAGCAUUCUUAGCAAAAAAAAAAAAACUUGAUACGACAACAACGAGAAUACGUUUUGUCAAUCCAUUAUACCUAAAACGUAACGAUUUUGUUAUUCACUGAUCGCCCUGAUCGUAAAUGUAUUGGUCCAGCAUAUAAAACUCUAGUUAAUUCCCUUGAAAAUUAGAUUGUAAGAAAUAUCUCAAGAGUUUCAAUCAACGUUGGAGAGAAGAUAAGUUUAUAUUAGUUAUUUACUUCGACCUAGUUGCUUUCUAUAUUUCUUUGAAACAUUAGAGAAUAUAAUUUUGAAUUAUAAUUAUCUUGACAGCUCAGGUUAUUUUAUUAGAACGUAUAAUAUAUACAAGUGUAUGGGUUCUUUUUUUUUUUUUACCAAAAAA